GAUACACGUUUGUCCAGUCCAUGGCGGUCGCAUUUCAAUACACAGCUUAGUUCAGUAUAAUGCAUGUGAAUGAACAGAGUUUAGUCUCUUAUGUUUAGAUUUGCUUUAAGAUUACCGCACGUAACUCUAUGUAAAAAAAUAACACCAAAUUGCGCACCUGUUAGCAAAAUAAGUAAGUUACUCACAUUCCUUUGGUGCUGCCGUCCUCAUCCGAUAUCACCGUGCACUGACCGACGACAAUGGCUCUCCUCGGCGACGACGGUCAAGGCUACGAACUCGCCCGACGGCUCGAAAGCCUAGGCGUUUGGCGGACGUGGCUUGGCGACACCCUCUAUGCCUCCUUCGUUCACGUCCUUUCUUCGCCUUCCUCGUGGGAGUCCUUCAUGCGGGCUGACGAGCCCAAAUCCCGUCCGCAGAUCCUCCUCCAGCUCCGGGCUCGAGCCCUCUUGUUCGACAAAGCUAGCGCCUCUCUCUUUCUCCAGUCGAAUUCUUCUUCUUCUUUUGCUGUUUCGAACCUGAAUCCUAAUUGUAGGUAUCCAAAUUGGUCUAAUAUAGUAAUAUGCUACUAGUCUUUGAUCAUUUUGUGGACUCGUGAAAUUUCGAAGAUAGUUAUUUCGAUCCUUUUAUAUCGUCGAUGGAGAAAGAAGAGAAUGGUGUAUGAAGAUGGCUUCUCAGGUGGGAAGAUGGUGAUGUUCAGGUCAGCAAUGUUACAAUCCCUAACGUCGGAGGCGUUCUUGAAGAUGACAUUGAAAUUGAGCAACAAAGACAUCAUUGGCUCUGGGGGUUAUGGAACUGUUUAUCGAAUGUCCAUCACUGACUCCAUAGCCUUUGCUGUGAAAAGACUAAACAGGGGAAGUGCAGACAGAGAUCGAGGUUUCGAGAGAGAGCUAGAGGCGAUGGGGGAUAUCAAGCACCGUAACAUUGUCACUCUUCAUGGAUAUUACACUGCACCUCAUUAUAAUCUUCUCAUAUAUGAGCUCAUGCCCAAUGGAAGUCUGGAUGCAUUCCUACAUGGGAAAUCAAUGGAUAGGAAGAUAUUGGAUUGGCCUUCCAGAUACAAAAUAGCAUUAGGAGCUGCAAGAGGUAUAGCGUACCUGCAUCACGACUGCAUACCUCACAUAAUCCACAGAGAUAUUAAAUCAAGCAAUAUAUUGCUGGAUGACAGCAUGGAGGCUCGAGUUUCAGAUUUCGGACUUGCAACGUUGAUGGAACCUGAUCAAACUCACGUUUCGACAUUAGUAGCCGGAACUUUUGGAUACUUGGCUCCUGAAUAUUUCGAUACUGGCAGGGCAACCAUAAAAGGAGAUGUUUACAGCUUUGGAGCUGUCUUGCUGGAGCUUCUAACUGGGAAGAAACCAACUGACGAAGCAUUUUUUGAGGAGGGAACCAAGCUUGUGACAUGGGUAAAGGCAGUCGUUGAAGAUGAAAGGACGGAGCACGUAGUUGAUAGUAGUUUGGAGUGCUACCCAGCCAAAGAGAUUGACUAUGUUUUCAAAAUUGCAUUUAUGUGCCUUGAGACAGAGCCCUCGAAGAGACCGACUAUGACAGAGGUUGUGAAGAUGCUUGAGCAAAUAAAAUCAGCAUCAGCACUAAAAACAUUCUUAAUGGUUGCUUAAUGACUAUCCUUUCUAGCAAUCCCUCGAUAGAAUCCAAUACUAUGUUCAGUUUCCUUUUGCUGGAAAACUAUGAUAGAUUCUAGAGAAGUGCCGAUAGCCGGUCAAGAGCUUCCCACAUCAUUUCCGGAAAAACAGUUGAGGGCCACAAAGAUGAAAUGUUUCCCACUCACCUUUGUACACUUUAUUUUAUCGUUUAUCUGUACAAGAUGAAAAUCAUUCUUUGAUACAUAUUCCAGUGAACUUCUAAGAGAUUAACCAAUUCUGGUUGGAUAAGUUUCGUUUAUUGAUAAACUCUAUGAUUCUCCAAUAA